ACAUCAGCACUACUAAUGGAGAAAAUGAUGCAGGAGAAGGAACGGGAGAAGGAACGAGAACGAGAGGAAGGAGUUCCCAAGAAAGCGAGUGUGGUAGAUAUUUCGUACCUUGCACUGAACCUGGUACAUGCUCCUCUUUCGGCGGCGCUGAAAAGUUGUCUCCUACUGACACCAGACCAGUAUAAACAAUUAGUGGAAGUGUCAUGGAGUCUUCUUCUCAACGAUGAUCCUCAUGUUGUCUUGAGUGCAGCAUCGAUGUUUGUGGUGGCAUGUGUUCGUCGUGCGGAAGAAUGCUUGAAAGUAAUGAAGAAGGCGAUGGAGUCGAGCAAUGCUACUGAUAGAACGGAAGCAAUACACAGGUUCUAUGCUUUAUGGAGGAACAGAUUUCAUGUGUGGUUGAAGAUGGAAGAUGGUGCACAGACUUCGUUCAAGGUGCCACCCCCUGGAAUCGACUUUACACUACCAUCGCCGCCUAUCGGACAGAGCCAACUUCCAGUGGUCGAUCCACCAUGGAUGCCUCAUCUAAAAACCAAAAUUGAAGAACUUUCUUUAAAGGAAGAAGAACAUGCCACAUCUCAGACAAUCAUGACGAUGACCCGCACACGUCGAAAACAAAAACAGGAGAUGGUAAAGAGGGCGGUGAGGGACGCGGAAGAACGUCAGUGCGAGCAGAGGCAGCUAUUCAGACUUCGUUGCUCAGCCAUAGUUCAACAGGCAGCCUAUGAACCUGCGUUGUUUCACCAUCAGCAAGAACAGGGAGAAGAGUCUGAGAUUGCUCAUCAUCCCACCCGCCAUUAUAUGCCGGUAGCACAACCUUUAUUCCCUUCCUCUUUAUUGUCCGUCAUUCCUAUGAUCAUUGAGAUGCUUGACGAUCCUCAAGUGGACAAGUAUGGAAUUUCGGUGAGCGACACUUCGCGAAAGGUCAUCUGGACAUGCAUCGUUGAAGAUCCUUCGCUGUUCUUUAGGCAUUUCUUGGAAAAGUUAACAAAUCGGGAGCGACAGGAAUACCUCAUGUCCUUACUACGCAAGCUGGUCCUUCGUUUCAACCCGUUGCCUAGUCAAGCAGCUUAUUCUCUUCUCAAUUAUUUGUUUGGGUUUGUCAUGCACUAUGUGCGUGCUCAAUGCGAAGGCUGGGACAAGGCGCUUGGAAUGGCAUUGUCUCUGACUUGGAUCCUCGCACCGAACGUGCAUGGACUAUACUUCAAAGAUCUCAAGCAAACACUGAAGAAGGAACAGUGUGACCAAGCGCUCAUGAUAACGGCAAAUGUACCAUCAGCAAAGAAGAUCAUUGUGCAUGGCCCUGAUUCCGGAAUGGGCGGGAUUCCAAGUCAAUUUCCUGUACACGAGGAUACCCAAUUUCAGCAAAUACUGAGUGAUAGCCUCGAAUUCUUCAACAUCGAUGAUACCGCUGUCAACAGCUACUUUUUGACAGACACUAAGUCUGGUCUUAUUCAUUUGCCGUCUUCUUACGUUAGGGAUUAUUAUUUUUUUCAUCGAUCAUUCUACCCACAGUUGACGCUUGUGAAACUCGACAUUGAGGAAGCGCAGUUAAGGAUGAGGCAGACGGUUUUUGCUCAACGUUUCAUUGAAGUCGGCAAAGUGCUCCUGACGCACAACAUUCUCAAAUAUAGUCCUCAACAUGUGAUCGCACAGCGAGUUUUUUUUCUUCACGAUGAGCUUACUCAUCUGCCAUCGUUCCCUCGUAAAAGUCUCGAGACUUGCUUUGGAAUGUUUCAUGGAGAGAUGGGUGAGCAGUUGAAAGCGAUGGAGGCAAUGCACAAGUUCACUUGGGCUAAGUUGAUGUCAGACAUGUUCGAGAAGAUGGAGAACGCCUUUAUGUUUGCCGACUUGCAUUUGUUCAUCAAUGUGGUGAACGGCAUCAUGAUAAUGCACUGUGAAGAUCUGCUGAUUCUUCGUCGAUGUGCUGCCACCUACAUUGCGAUGAGUAUACACUUCAACAGCUUGUUCGCUAGUCAGGGUUUUUUCUUGAUCAUGCCUACGUUGCUACGUUGCUACAGCCAACGACAGACGAACCGAUUGUUCUGCUCAGUAGUCGAGUUCAUGUGCCGACAAUUCUACACACUUCACAGGAAACCGUUCUUGCUGCAGAUGUGUGGUUCAAUAGCUAACAUCAUCGACAACAGCAACAAUGAUUUUGAGAUCAAUCCAAUGCGUGUGAAAGCCAAGUACUGGUUUACAUUGCUGAAACACAUGGAGGACAUGAGCGAUGAAACCGAUCAGUUUGACAUUCUAGGGCUUGUACCUUACGAUAAGCCACUUAAGGCACUCGAUCUCUGUUAUCGCGAUGAUCCGAACACCUUCUGUCUAUUGACAGACGCCAUCGCCAGCUGUAUCUGCGUGUGUGCAUUCGCUCCAGAGAGUAGGCGCAGUCAUCACAUGCUGCUUGUGAUGGCCGCACUGCAACCGCAUCUGAUUCGUCGAAUAGAGGAGGAGACGAUGCUUCAGAACAACUCACCGACAGCUGUGAAACAUGAAGUAUCCCAAUGGACGACGAUGUGUGUAGAAAUGAAGGCUCUCAUCAACAGCUGUGACGUCCUAGCCAGAGGACCACAACGGACCUUCGACUUGGUCAAUUCGGUGUCUGACCGGGGUAAAUCGUUUGCUGCCGAUUCACCACAAUUUUUCGACCCACCAACAACUAACGAAGACGAGAACAUCCGUCCACAUCAUGCGAAGGAGAAGAAGUCAGUGGCGGUCGGUUGGGAGGUGACCGAAGUUGAAGAAACUCAUAAAGAGAACUAUCGUCGUUCCAGAGACACGUUGUUAUCUUUGACGGCUCAGUUUAUAGAAAUGGCUACACCAAGGCUUAAGGAGCUUGCAAAGCUCAGUUCGGCUAGUGAACAUACGAAGAUUCCUGAGGUGAUGGAUCACAAAUGUCAUGUGAAGUUGAGUGAAAUCGCCUUGGCGUUGCUGAAAAUCGCAGCAUAUGACCAAGCCACCAUGUCAUGUGCUGGAUUGCAAAAGUAUUUCACCUCCAUAAUGCCGGUCACUGACUGGUCGAUCGAGUCGAAUCGUUCUGCGUUAGGGAUAAUCCUGAAACGACUGGAUAAAACCAUUGCCAAGAUCGCAAAAAAGCAGAGUAUUCGACGUCGAGUGAACUGGAUGGCAUUGGCCAAUUGGAUCAAAGGCAUCUGUGACACAUUGUCCUCUUUUCCUUACAUGGCACAUCUGAAUCCUCUAAAGUCCAUCACCCAACUUUGUCUUCGAAUCAUUGCCGGCGAUUCGUUCCACGAAGAAGGUGCUCCGUCAUCUCAUCCAGCUACUGUGCUCCAUGCGAAUCCGCCACCACCAUCGUUCUGCAAUGCUGUGCUACGCAUGACUACCAUUCUUAUGCAAGCUUUAGGACAUGCAUCGUUUUCAUUAGAAAUGGUUUCCGGUGCAGAGGGAUUAGGAGGAGCUGCCGAUCGCAUAGAGGCAGUGUUGUGUCACUUACUCAUUCCACUUUUUCUUCGUACUGCAGCUCAUCCAAAGGAAGCAUCAGUAAUACAAGGGAAAGACCUCGUCUACUGUUUAUCACUGAUGCAACACGCUAUCACACCACCGAUUGGAAAACAUAAUACGCUUCCAUUGGCUAGCACUUCUACACUGGCCACCACGUUCAUUCGAAGUGCUCAACACGAUCUCUCUGGACGACAAGGUUCUGUGUCGGUUACCGAUCGUGGACAUUCUGCCACCGUUUCGUCUCUUCGCAUCGUAAGAGAUAGUGUAUCCCAGUGCAUCUACUUAGCCUUAAAGGUCAUGAUGCUUUGUUUUGGAAAACUUCUCACUCCGAUGUGGCCUCGAGUUGCUCGCCUUGUCAAAGAUCUCAUCGCUAAAAAGCAAGGCGGUCAAUGUGCUGUUCAGUUUGUCGAUUUUCUACUUCAUGCUGAAUUACCUAUUGCACUCCUUAUCCUGCCAGUAAUUCAGAAUCGAGUAAAGCAAAAGGCGUUGAGUGAGCAGGAUGCGACGUGGCAGGCGGAAAUUCUUGAAAACAUGCAGUCUAAUAACUACAACACAUUGCCAAUCGGUGUCUUACUCAAUAGGUGUCAAAUUGAAUUAACACAACUCAAAGAUGAUCUCUCUACUCGGCCGUUAGAUCUUUCAAGAUCUUACACUCCAACGGUUACCGAAACACACGCGGACUCCUCAACCGCUUUGGCGCCACUGCGCAGGGAUCGGUUACAGAGCAUGCGGAAGCAGACGCUUAUCAAGGUCUAUGAGGAAACUGAUCCGGCCCAACAACCAUCCAGUAGUCGUGUAACAAAAAGUCCGAGUGUACCACUAAAUAAGGUUGGUGCGUCGCCAAGGAUGCGCUCAUUAAGUGGAUUCGGAAUGUGGAGAAGCAUUCGUCGUAAAUCGCGCCACAUUUCGCAGGAUGGUGAAAGGGACAUCGAUCGAAGUGCUGUCGAGCUGGCAGACAUCCAGGGAGUGGACGACCCUAACACACCACAUCGAACACCGGUUCGCCGCUUGACCGAAGCUUUCGUGCUUCCUCUUCAUGAGACGAUCGAUGCCAACCGGCAAAGAUGUAUGUUUCUUAAGAUAUUUGCUUGGACUUACUAUGCUUGUUGCGGCGGUGAGAUCCUAACUUAA